CUCCUUCCUCUCCUCCACUGAAGCAGCAGCGUCGGACUGGGUCGCGUCGACGGAGCUCAUCUCCAGACGCUUCAUCGCAUCUUUCACAGGGUGUUUGACCUUUUCUGCACGUGAAAAUGUCACAGGAAACGUUGAUUGUCCUCUUAGUGCCGUUUUCACCUCUUUGCUCGGAUUCUAAAACUCUUUGAGGACUUUGCCGGUCGGACGUUGGAUGGAUUUUUUCUGUGCGUUGAAGUAGGUUAGUGGACGAAUCUGUGUGCGUGUCCGUGGGUCUGUGUGCGAGGGAAGGCGAGGCUGUGUUUGACCCGAUGAACCCGGAACCAACACCGGCGAAAGAGAGAGCGACGAGCGAGUAGAGGUCGGCGGUGCGCGGCUCCCCGCUGCUGGACGUCCAUGUCUGCGCUCCCGACCGGCACCGAGGUUUCUACUACCUGUGGCAAAACACACAAUGCCUGAAGGGUCACGGCGUGGCAGCCAGAGAUCGCAGAGUACCACAGCUGCCAAACGUCCCUCCUCACUCUCGUCUCUGAGUGGGAUUGUGGGUAGGAUGAUGUCAUCCGGCGAGCGUGGAGCCUCGUCCUCCUGCACCUCGGUCAACACCGUGUGCUCGGACAGUGAGCGUCCCACCUCGCUGUCUUCCUCCGCUUCCUCUGUCUCGCUGCAGGACGCCUCCCACUCCUCUUCCUCAUCCUCCUCCUCUUCCUCCCUCCCUUACGGCGCCGUGCCUGCCUACAACGCCUCAUCGUUGUCCUCCACACCAAAGAGGAACGGCUCAGACAUCAGUCUGGACCUCACGCCCCUCGUCACACCAGGUGUUGCCAAGGUAACAGGAAGAGCACAAGCACCGACUGAACAUGUGGCCAAGCAGGUGGCGCCAACGUCUGUGGCCACGCCCAGACAGCUUUCACGGCUGGAGCGGGUGGUGAUGGAGAUUGUAGAGACUGAACAAGCCUACGUCAGAGAUCUGAAGAGCAUCGUGGAGGUAAGUGCCAAACUGAUCUCAUCUAUUACGAAGAUGUUAAAACACUUACAGUCUGCAAAUUCACAACAAAGUCACGGAGUGUGAGGUCACCUGUGAUGUGAGGCGUUCAGGGACAGCUAGUGAGUCAAAAACCAUCCUUAUUGUGUUUUCAACUGAUACUUGUUUCCUGAGCUCAUUUUUAUAAAUAAUAUCAGACCCAUGAGCUGAAACCCUGAACACACGUGUUGUGGGCCAACGCUGAGGCUCAGCCAGCGUCGCUGCGACUGUGACACGUUCGGAAGUGUUAAGUGAAGCAGCUGUGUGUGUUAGGGAGGAGCCGACUGAAACCUAGAUUUACGGGCCAGGUGUGAAUGCCCGUGGGUGAGUGUACCUGCAGCUGGCCCCACACCCACACGUCACACCUCCACCCACUGUUGCACCAUAGCUGCACCCACAGGAUCCUGGAAAUGUUGGCUACACAUGAAAACAUCCAAGGACCAGAAGCAGCUUUAUAGAAAAGUCAGCACUGGUUUAAACAACAAAGCCCUUAGUGAAUGACAGCAUGGACCGUCUGGUUGAUUUAGUUCUCAUAAUGUUACAGCUGUGAUGUGCAGAUGCUCAGCAGACGGAGCUAAGAACCUGUUUUCCUCCUGUUUGUUUGUGCACAUUCUAAUCAGCAGCUUCUGGACUGAGUGGAUGCUACUAGCAUUUAGCUUCUACUGGCACAGGAUCGGUGGAUCUGUGUCUGGGAAUGCCCGAGGUUCUGACUAGGCAUUAGCUUAGUUAAAGGGGGUUUUCAGCAAGAAACUAGAAAAUGUGGAGAGGGUUAGAUUUUGCUGAUGUUGCAGUUUGACUGUGUGAAUAUCGUCUGUCAUUGGUCCAGGUGCAGCCAGGAUCAGAGCCCAUCUGUCUGACUGAGUGUGAAACAUGCUUUUGAAGUAAAACACAGAAUUUACUGCUGCUUUUAUCCUCUGCCAUCACACACACACACACACACACACACACACACACACACACACACACACACACACACACACACACACACACACAGACACACACACACACACACACACACACACACACACAUAGACACGCACAGACACAUAGACAGACGCACACACACACAUAGACACACAGACACACACACACACAUAGACACACACAUAGACACGCACACACACACAGACAAACACACAUACACGCACACACACACGCCGGUCGUCAGCUGUCUGUCCAUUUUUUUCCUUCUUCAGCUUUUUCAGAUCUGUCAUCACCACCUCUUUUGUCUUUGUAAGUCAUUUUCUCUUAGUUCUUCUUCGUUGAUAAACCUUAUUGCUCUGUUGUUGUGCAUUUAUUUGACAUUCACAGGAUUCAUGUAUGUGUGUAUGUGUGUGAGUGAGUGAGUGAGUGAGUGAGUGAGUGAGUGAGUGAGUGAGUGAGUGAGUGAGUGAGUGAGUGAGUGAGUGAGUGAGUGAGUGAGUGAGUGAGUGAGUGAGUGAGUGUGUCUGUAAACAACCAACAACCACUGAAGCAGUCAGAUGACACCUUCAGGAUUUAUCCAGGAGUUUGCUGUUUAUGCUCCACUUCCUGUCACUCUGAGUCUGUGUUGCAUUGUGGGUAAACUUCCUUCAGCGCCACAGUCAAACAUGGGUCGAUAUCCACAAAUACUCUUUUUAGCUUCAGUUAUUUUAAAAAAGCAUCUGAGUUGCUCCCUCCUCGUCGGUGAGUGUGAGUCUCUGUUCUGCUGCUGUGUUUGAGGUUUCACUGGGUCUGUUUCUCAUUGAGGCGCCAUGAUGUCAUGCUCCCUGGGAAUCUGAACCUACGACCAUAACAGGCCGUGUGUGUGUGUGUGUGUGUGUGUGUGUGUGUGUGUGUGUGUGUGUGUGUGUGUGUGUGUGUGUGUGUGUGUGUGUGUGUGUGUGUGUGUAUCUGUGUGUGUGUGUGUGUGUGUGUGUGUGUGUGUGUGUGUGUGUGUGUGUGUGUGACCGACUUACAGACUCAUUUCUCUACAAACCUUCUCAUAACAAUAGGAGUGAGGCUCGUCUGGCAGCAGCCUGAGCUCAGUCCACCUGGUUCGACUCUUUUUCUUCAUUUGUAUCAAUUAAACCUGUUUUCAGCGACAGAUUUCUGGGAAACUGCUAAAGUAAGUUGUAAACAAGGUGAAUGAUUUCAGGGAUGCGAGAGAGAACAUGAGGGUUUGUGCCAAGUGGGACAGGAAACCGAGGGGGAGAGAGGGGAGAUACAAGACAGAGAGAAGAAGGAGGAGGAGGAGGAGGGUUAGGAGAGCAUGGGAGGGAAAAGAGGAGGGAGAAAGCAAAAGACAAGGAGGCCACAGAAAGGUUGGAAGGAAGAGAGGAGGGAGGGAGGGACGGAACGAAGGAAGGAAGGAAGGAUGGAAGAAAGGAGGGAGGGAGGGACGGAACGAAGGAAGGAAGGAUGGAAGAAAGGAGGGAGGGAGGGACGGAACGAAGGAAGGAAGGAAGGAUGGAAGAAAGGAGGGAGGGAGGGACGGAACGAAGGAAGGAAGGAAGGAUGGAAGAAAGGAGGGAGGGAGGGACGGAACGAAGGAAGGAAGGAUGGAAGAAAGGAGGGAGGGAGGGACGGAACAAAGGAAGGAAGGAAGGAUG